AUGGGUCUUCGUUUGGGAGGUGAAGCAAGGAAUGUAGUUCAUGUGCAUCAAUGCAAAGUUGACGCGGACUGUAAAGAUCAUUGUAAGAAUAGCAAGGCUUACGCAUGCGUAGAGACCCUGUGCCUUUGUGGGGGUAGAAUCCAUGGUUGGACAUCGCCAAGUUCAGCACAAGAAUUUCCAUGGCACUAA